AUGCAGCCAGUCGAGAUAGACGAUUUGAAGGAGUUGAGCAGAACAAGUCAGAUAGACGAAUCGGACAUGCGUGGGUGUAAGCGAAUUCUAGACGAUGAUGAUGAUUUCGGCAGUGUCCACAAGCAGCGAUCCCACGUAGAUAUCACUGAACACAGAAACUUUCGUCCUGUGCCGGAAUCGUGUGCUAAAGAGAGCGAUGGUGCAAACGUAAGCGAGGAAAGUUCGGAUCACAACGAUGUCUCAUCUGUGGCGCCGUCUCGGUCUGUUUGCGAACAAGUGGAGACAAUGAUGGCUGGGGUGAAGUAUUGCAAGGAACGCGAACUUGGUAAGGAGAAGAAACAUGGUAAAGAUGUCAAGCGCGAUGCGCUAGAACAAAAAGAGCCUCGUGACAUGUGUGAUUUUCCGCCUCUUGAGAGCAAACAUGGAGAGGACCGUUUCACCGAUCUCAAAGAAGAAAGCGCGGUGGUAGAAGGAGAUGAUGCUUUUGAUUUGCGUCAACCGCAAAACUUGAGUGGGCAAAAAUUCCGGGGAGGCGAA